AUGAUGGUGCAUUGUGCGGGCUGCGAGAGGCCGAUUUUGGACAGGUUUCUGCUGAACGUGUUGGACAGGGCAUGGCAUAUUAAAUGCGUCCAGUGCUGCGAAUGCAAAUGCAACCUGACCGAGAAAUGCUUCUCCAGGGAAGGCAAACUCUACUGCAAAAAUGACUUUUUCAGGUGUCCCCGGCACCCCCGGGCCUCGCUGCUCGCCGCGGAAAUGCCGCUAAUGCCGCUUCCCCGCGGGCCGGCUCCGUCCAGGGCCCCCACGCUCCGCGGCUCCUUAAAUGCCCCUAAUGACUCCGAUAAGAGUCGGAUCCCGGUUCCCGUGUCCUCGUGUACAGACAGGAGUUUGUCCCCGGAUCUCCAGGACCCCAUGCAAGACGACACCAAGGAGACGGACAACUCGACCUCCUCGGACAAGGAGACCACCAACAACGAGAACGAGGAGCAGAACUCGGGCACCAAGCGGAGGGGGCCCCGUACCACCAUUAAAGCCAAACAACUGGAGACCCUCAAAGCUGCCUUUGCAGCUACCCCCAAGCCCACCAGGCACAUCCGGGAGCAGCUGGCCCAGGAGACUGGGCUCAACAUGAGAGUCAUCCAGGUACAGGCGCAAUAACCCCAUCCCCACCCCCCCACCUCCCUGGUCCCCCUCUCCUCCCCCAAAGCAGGCUGCCUCACCACAGCUUUCCCCAUCCGUGUGUCCCCUCUGGGGGUCAAACCCAGCUCACCCAGCAUGAUAUCCUCUUCUCCCACACCUCCUGCAGAUUAUCAAGGUGACUACUACGGGCCAGGAGGCAAUUAUGACUUUUUCCCCCACGGGCCGCCUUCCCAAGCCCAGUCCCCGGCCGAUUCCAGCUACCUUCAGAACUCAGGACCCGGCUCCACGCCCCUGGGACCCUUGGAGCCCCCCCUAAGCGGACACCACUCCUCAGAAAACCAAAGGUACACGGAUAUGAUCUCGCACCCCGACACCCCGAGCCCCGAGCCGGGCAUGACGGGCUCUCUGCACCCCAUCCCGGGGGAGGUCUUCAGCGGGGGGCCCAGCCCGCCUUUCUCCAUGUCCAGCAAUAGCGGCUACACGGGGG